GAAGCGUUAUUUGAAUCCAUAUGAUAUACAGGCAGUGGAUGGUGUUGCUGUUAUUGAGGAAGAAGUGUGUGAGACGUCACCAUCAGCCCGGUUUAAUAAUGUACUACAUACUGUCACCGCUAACGGUGAAUAUGAUAAAACAACACAAGGAAUCUUUGAUAAUUUUUUAGAAGUGAAAUGCAAAGAUCCAUACAUGGAUGCUGUUAUUCUUGGGCAUGAGUGGCUAGCAAUGAGUGACAGAUUGAAUCAAGAGAUCAGCCACAGUCAAAAUUACAUAUUUAUGCGUUAUCUACCAUUUUUGCCCGUGGCAUUCCAUAUGCUGUUUGCAUCUAAUUCUCACAGAAGAAUACAGUAUCCCAAUACGCAAUAUGAGAAUUUUGUGAAGCUGAACAAGACUCUAAAUCUUCUGACAAGUCUCCUGUCUGGAGUUACUCCUGCCACUAAAAGGAAUGCCCACACUAAAGUUGCAGUACUUGACAUUUUACCGCUACUUGUUGAGAUCAUGCAACCGAAUAUCAGGCCAGUGAACACACAGCUAUACAGCACUAAAGAAAAGGAACAGUUAUGCAACGUUGUGAGUACGAUGAUAGCUUACAAUUUGACCUACCAACAACGGAGGUCUCCAGAAGGACAGUACACCUACUGUCUUGAACCUAAUAUAGAAGAAGUUGUGAAAUUUGGUGGGCUUCCUGUCAAGAAGCAAAUGACAUAUGCCACAAAACAGCUGAUAGCGAGAGAGAUUGAACUUGAAAAGAUGAGAAGAAGUGAAGGUGUUACUACAAAAGAAAACAAAGAACAAAAGAAUCCUGUGGAAGCAAACACUGGGGAUAAAAAGCAGCAGAGUACUGUUCCGAGACACAAAGAAAAACUACAACCCAAGAAGUUUGAUAUAGUUGAAGAUCAGCCCACCAGAGAUUUCUUUGGUCGAAUUGUCAAGGUUCCACUUAAAGAAAACACAGGUGAACAAGAAAGUGAGGCUGAAGAAAAUAAGAAAAGCAAACGAAAUAACUGUGUUCUUUGGUAUAAAUUCCAUGAAGGAUACACAAAUGCUAUCAGAAGAAACAUACAAAUUAAAGAUCUGUUAUAA